UAACAGCAAACAAGAUCAGACUCUACCACACUGUUUCCUCAUCUCAGUCUGUUUCUUAUCCUGCUGGAGGAUUGUGCCUCAUCUUUAGGACUGAAGGACUUAAAAAAAGACACUUGGGAAAAUGCCAAAGGGUUUAAGCUGAGGAGACCUAGAGCUGCCACAAAUGCAGACAGGAGGGAAGACGGCUUUAGGAAGGAAAUUACAGGAGGGCAAAUCAUUUGAACGUCGACAUUUGGACAACAUAUAGCGUUACGUUGGCUCUUCUGGGGUGACAAUGAAAAAAAAGAAUUUAGUUGAAGACAACGCUACUCUCAUAGCCCUAUCUGACAAUGCUGAAAAAACCUACGGCAGCAUGAAGAUGUGUGCUGCACCUCAGAAAAACAGAAACGUAUUUAGUGAUGGGGUCACACAGAUUGAUUUUGUCUUGGUUUGGGAGGAUUCUGUGAACCCUUUAAAAUCGGCCGAAUCGGACAAAGAAGAAGCGUUCCAUUCCUCUCGUGAUAGCCACAGGAAGUGGAGGACAGAAUUCCUCUCCAGACUCCAAGCAGCCGGCAUUCAUCAGGAGAUGAAAGAGGUUGUGCAAGGAAAAACAAAGACUACGUAUGUUCUUCUGAGCGCCCCAUGGGACAUUCUGUGUUAUUACGCUGAAGAGAUCAGCCUACGGGUGCCAUUACAAGUGGUGCCAACUUCGAUAUCAAACUGGUCUGAGACUGUCCUUAAAAAACUGCACAUUCCAAACAUUAUGGCCCAGGAUGUGCCCAACCCUCCACCCAACUACUAUACUUGCCAGUUUCGCACCAAUAAAAUAGAGAGGUUUCUUGGUCAUGAAAACAAAGACACUUUCUUCAAAACCACACAAAGGCAUCAAAUACUGUAUGAGAUCUUGGCCAGGACUCCGUAUGGAUCAUUGAAGAGAGGAGAGAUUGGAGUUGGCAGGCUGGUUAGUGAGAAGAUCAUCAAUGCUGCAUUUCCCCUUCAUGAGGGUCCAUUUGAGAUGCCGACAACUCCAGUGGAUCCACAAUCUCUCAACAUGAGGCAGAUUCUGCAUCAUUACUGGGGGCGCUGGGGUUGCUGGGAUAAAUACCAGCCCCUGGAUCACAUUCGCGAGUACUUCGGGGAGAAGAUAGCCCUGUACUUUGCCUGGCUGGGCUUCUACACAGGCUGGCUGUUACCUGCAGCAGUAGCGGGUUUUGUCAUAUUUUUGUUUGGUAUCUGGUUGAUGGUCACUGACACUCCAGCAGAAGAACUUUGCUCCAGUGGAGGUGCAUUUGUCAUGUGCCCGCUCUGCAACAUCUGCACCUACUGGAACCUCUCCAGCAUCUGCGACACCUAUAAGGCAGGCUUGUUAUUUGACAAUGGAGGAACUGUGUUCUUCAGUAUAUUCAUGGCUCUGUGGUCAGUCACCUUCUUGGAGUACUGGAAACGCACAAACUCCAUAUUGGCACAUCGCUGGGACUGCUCUGAAUUUGAAGAGAUUGAGGAGAGGCCAAGGCCAGAAUUUACUGCACUGGCACCAAAUACUAUUCGUAAUCCUGUGACUGGGGCUGAGGAGCCCCAUUUUCCUGAGAGACAACGACUGAGUCGUACUCUCACCGGCAACAUGGUCAUAAUUCUUAUGGUUUCCCUAGUUUUGAUAUUCCUAAUUGCCAUCAUCCUGUAUCGGACUAUUUUAAGUAUCAUUAUCUACAGAUCUCAUAAUCUCUCAAACACGGCAUUGUUCAUAUUUUCAGCUGGAAGUAUAGCUAGUAUUACCGGUUCUAUGCUAAAUUUGAUGGUUAUUCUGUUGUUGUCGCGGCUGUAUACUUACCUGGCCAAAAUUCUGACACAGUGGGAAAUGCACCGCACUCAGACCAAAUACGAGGAUGCGUUUAUCCUCAAGGUCUUCGUCUUCCAGUUUGUCAACUUCUACUCAUCUCCUGUUUAUAUUGCAUUUUUCAAGGGCAGGUUUAUUGGAUACCCUGGAAACUAUAACACACUCUUAGGGAUAAGAAAUGAGGAUUGUGGCUCUGCUGGAUGUCUCAUUGAACUUGCUCAAGAGCUGUUGAUCAUCAUGGUAGGCAAACAGGUCAUCAACAACAUCCAGGAAUUUGUCAUGCCUAAAUGCAUGGCAUGGUGGCAAAAGAGGAAGUUGAAACCAAGUCCCAGUAAAGAGGUAUUAGAUGAACCAGACAGCAAGCCGGAGCUCAGCCCAUGGGAAUCAGACUAUCAACUGCUGGUGUGUGAAGGGCUGUUCGAUGAAUAUCUGGAGAUGGUGCUGCAGUUUGGAUUCAUCACCAUCUUUGUAGCAGCCUGUCCACUGGCCCCAUUCUUUGCUUUGAUAAAUAACUGGGUGGAGGUACGUCUUGACGCCCAGAAGUUUGUAUGUGAGUAUCGCAGGCCUGUCGUAGAACGAGCACAAGACAUCGGCAUCUGGAUGACCAUCCUGCAAUUCAUCUCCUACCUGGCUGUCAUCAGCAAUGCUUUCUUGAUUUCGUUUACGUCUGACUUCUUGCCGCGCCUCUACUAUCGCUACAGUGAGGGCAGUAUGCGUGGCUACAUCAACUUCACCCUCUCAGUCUCACCAGACAUUUGGACCCAAAGCCAGAUGUCAUGCAGAUAUCGAGGUCUCAGAGAUGAGAAAGGAGAGCACACACGUGAUUACUUUCAACUGUUGGCCAUACGUCUGAGUUUUGUCAUUAUAUUUGAGCAUGUUGUGAUUCUGAUUGCUCGCAUUAUCGACUGGAUGGUGCCAGAUAUUCCAGAGGAGGUGGAGAAUAAGAUCAAAAGAGAGCAUUAUAUGGCCAAAGAGGCAUUAGCUGAGAAUCAGAUCUACAGCAAAUCCGUUCUGGGGGAGGUGGAACGCCAAAGCACUAAGCUGCGACAAAGAUUUCAGAUUCCUACAGACAUCAAUUCUUCUUCCAGAUCAUCACCUGUGCAUGAAGACAAACCACCAGUCUGAUAUUUGUAGACUUUAUAGCCCACACAUUUUAUUUCUAAAAAUUAGAAAUACCCAAAUGGGUGCAUUUCUUAAAGUGCAUUUAUUCUAUUGACACAGUCUUUAUUUUAUUUCUUAGAUAAUUGGGAGUUUGCUGACAUCUGGUUAAAAUGAAUUAAACAAGAAAAUAAGAUAACUUGCAAUGAGUCUAUUACAGCGCUGUGGAGGAUUUGUGGCCCACUCAUCUCCGCAGAAUUGUUGUAAUUCAGCCACAUUGGAAGGUCUUUGAGGAUGAACCACCUUUUUAACUCCCGCUAGCGUUUUUUUAAAAGUUGCAAGCCAGCGGCAGCAUUUUUCAUGAUUUUCAGAAAAGUUUAAUGCCUUCCAGAAAAUGUUCUUCUUUAAAUAUAUAAACAUACAAUAUAUCAAAUGAAAGAACAGACCCUCUGUUUUUAAAAAAACCCUGUUUCAUCCUACCUUCAUUAGUUCUCUUUUUAUCACCUCUCAAAUAUGGGUAGGUUUAUUCAAAAACACAAAAUUUUGAGAAGGACUUUUGAUAGAGAUCAGAUGCAGAGCGAUCCUUAAAACAUACCCAGAGAUUCCUCUCUUUCAUGUAAGGUGUUUCUUCCGCGUUGUAUAUGUUCACCACCUGGUGGAUAAUAGCGGUAUUGCGGAAAGCCGGAAAUUCUUGUCAUUGGCAGGGAAGCGUUUUCUCUUAAUUGACGAGUUAACUCGGACUAAAGGGACACACACCUUCCAAAAAGUUUCAGUCCACAGAGUAUUUUUUACAGUCCAUUGUAAAUUUCUGAAUGUAGGGGAACUUGUUGACUCUUUGAACUUUCUGAUGAUAUAUUAGUUGACAAGAGAUAUUACAUUUUAAUAAAAAAAAAAUAUAUGG